CGGCUCUUAGGGUUCACAUCAUGCGUUCUCACCCUCGCGUGAGUCAACUCACCGGAUCCCUAGAGAGAGAAAAGCCCUAGGACCCCCCCGUCCUUUCUCCUGUCUCCAUUUUCUUUAGCGGCGGCGGCGGCGGCGGCCGAUUGAUUCCCGCGCGGCGCAGCAGCGGUGGAUCGAAUCCUGGAGGCGCUUCUCCUGCGCAGAGGAUUACAGCGCAAAUCAUUGGCUGCUUGCGACGCGAGCGGCUGGCGGAAUCAGGGGCCAGGGAGGAGCGGUAGCAGCGACGGCUUGAUCUUGGUGCGCUUCCAAGUCACGGCAAGCAGCGAAGGUUCUGUUCGUUCUUCUCCCCAAAUCAAGGGAAUAUACGAGGCUUGUUUUGAUAGGCGGCGGCUACACCUGGGCAGCGCGAGUCCGCCGCAGAGGCUUACAGCGCGAAUCAUUGGCUGCUUGCGACGGGAGCGACUGGCGGAAUCAGGGUCCGGGGAGGAGCGGCAAGCAGCGGCAGCAGUGACGGCUUGAUAUUGGUGCGCGUCCACCUCACUGCAAACAAUAAGGUUCUGUUCGUUCUUCUCCCCUAAUCAAGGCUCGCAAGCAACACCAUCUGUACGAGGCUGGUUUUGGUCAGCGGCGGCUACUCCUGGGACGGCCAAGAGACACACACAAAGAUGAACUCAGUGACAGAGAGCGGAUUGAACUCAGUUACAGAGAGUGGAUUGAACUCGAUGACAGAAAGCCGAUUGAACUCAGUGACAGGGAGCGGAUUGAACUCAGUGACAGAGAGCGGAUUGAACUCAGUGACAGAGAGCGGAUUGAACUCAGUUACAGAGAGUGGAUUGAACUCGGUGACAGAAAGCCGAUUGAACUCAGUAAGAGAGAGAGGAUUCUUCAGUUUGGUGGAUGAACCUAUGGUGACAGGAUCGAUCGACUCCCUGCUCGCUAAGCUCAACUUCACCACCAAACUGAAGAAGAGGCGUGCCAAAGUGAUGAAAGAACUAUAUCAAGAUGUGUUGAAACUAAAGAAAGGUUUCGACAAUCUUGGCGGGGGCCGGGUGAUGGAUCCAUGUGCCCUAUUGUGGACGCAGUUUGCUAGAGAUCUGGUCUUUGACAUUGAAGAGUGGGUUGAUGCGAAGCCGGGUUCCGCAAAUUCAUCAAAGAGAGAGUUAAUUGAUCUGUUCAAGCACCGGAUCCAUAAUGUGUGUGAGGAGUUCACGUGGUGCGACCUUCUCGGUCCUACCGAAGAUCAGUUCAAGCUUAUCCAUGAUUUGCAUAAAGAUUUGGAGAGCCUUAAGAAAGAUCUCCCCUAUAAGUUUGGCCCACCGGUGAAUCCUGAGCAGUCAGUGUGGAUGGAUCAAACAUGUGAGCUGGUCAGCAAGGUGGAAACUUUGGUCCAUCAAAAGCCAAUAAAGGACAUGGAUGAAUCAUGGGAAAAACUAAUACAGGAAUACAAGGCCAAAAUACAACAAACACGUGAUACACUCAGUACAGCCCCCAUUUGCUGUCCACUGCUUUCUGAGGAGAAAACCCACAACCUCAUUGGUCUCAAAGGACCAAGUAGUAAGCUUCUCAUGCAUCUGACUUCCUCGCAGGCAAGGCUAAAGCUGGUGUCUGUCGUCGGAAUGGAAGGCCUUGGUAAGACUACUCUUGCCAAGGAGGUAUAUGCAAAGCUUCAAAGCAAGUUCGAGUGCCGAGCUUUCGUUACUGUUGGCAAAAACGCGUAUCUAACGGCCACUCUACUGGAUAUACUUCAUCAAGUAAAGCCACAGGGUACUAUUCCUCGCAAUGGCCCGGGAGCUCCUGAAAUUAACCAAGUCGUAACCGAGCUCAGGGAAUACCUCGUCACAAAGAGCUAUUUCAUCUUAAUUGAUGACAUUUGGAGCAUCCGGGUAUGGGAUAUUCUUAAUUGUGCUUUGCCUGAGAAUGAUCUUGGAAGUAGAGUAUUGAUCACAACUUGCAUCAGCGAUGUUGCCAAAUGUUGUUCUAUGCGCCCCUUUGAUGCCAUCCACCAGAUGGAGCCUCUUAGCGAGGAAGACUCAAAGACAUUAUUUCAUGAGGAGGCAAAAAGGCCCGCUGCAAAUGAGUUGUUGAAAAUGUGCGGUGGCAUGCCAUUGGCAGUAAUUGUUGCAGCCGGCAGGAAAUCUGCAGGACUAGCUGAGUCAGAGAUCGGUGAGCGAUGUAUCCUUUCGACAUCAGACCAAUAUUCCACAUCAGAUGGGAUGAGAAUGAUAUUGCAAAUGAGCUAUGAUGAACUGCCUGCUCCCUUGAAGUCUUGUCUUCUAUACCUUUGUGUUUUCCCAGAAUAUUAUACCAUCAAGAAAGAGCGUUUGAUACGGCUGUGGAUCGCUGAGGGAUUUAUCUUAGGAAGAUGUGAAGAAAGCUUGUGGAGGACAGGAGAAAUCUAUUUCAACGAGCUCAUCAGUAGGGGGCUGAUUCAGCCAGUGUUUGGCUACGAAGAUGGCCAGGCUGUGGCGUGUACGGUGCAUGGUGUGAUCCUUGAGUUCAUCAAAUCUUUGUCUAGGAAAUACAAGUUUGCUACGACGGGUGCAGACUUGAGGUCUGGAGUAUGUCCUUGGUACCCAAUUCGCCAUUUCUCAGUCGAUUACUGCAGUAAGCAAGAUGAAGUGAACACAUUGGACUUAAGAACCCUGCACCUUUCUAGCAUGCGGACCCUCCAAGUCUUUGGGCCUGUUGGAUGGACAACUCUCCGCACAGGUUCUAAGGUUAUGAAAGGGAAGGCUGUUGCGGGGGAUACUGAGGGGAUCCCUCUUCUGUCAACCUUCAAAAAUUUACGGGUACUCGAUCUGGAAGAUAAUGACAAUUUGAGAAGCCACCAUCUGAAAGGCAUUGGAGGGUUGGUUCUGCUAAGGUACCUGGGGCUUAGAGGGUCUGCUAUCUGUGCAUUACCAGACGAAAUAGGAAAGCUGGAGCACUUGGAGACGCUAGAUGUCAGGCACACUAACCUGAGAAAUCUGCCUGCAUCUAUAGUUGGAUUGGAAAGGUUGGUAUGCCUACUGAUUGAAGAUGCCGUGGAGAUGCUGGGCAAUAUCCUUGUAAUGCAAGGACUACAAGAAGUAUCAACGAUCAGGGGGUCGACAACAUCGAGUCACUCCAUGAGGUGGUGGAGCUGCUGGCUCGGUCGGAGAGGCUGAGCAUCCUUGGCUUGAGCUUUGACGGACUAAGCCCAUCUCUGGACAGUGCACGUGCAUUCACCGAUUUAUUGAGGGCGGUUGGACAGUCUAAACUUCGGUCCCUAUCUCUGCAUUGUCUUCAUGGUGACUGGAUUGGCCUACUGGACUCGAGACCAUACCAGCUGCGAAGAUUUGAGGUGUCUAUACCUGUUCCAGUCUUGGAAAGUACUGUAUUUAUUAUUCCCUGCUGUAUCACCCACUUGAAUAUUGAAGUGGCUCAGUUGGGAGAGGAAGGUCUCAUUGUGAUCGCGUCCAUGCCCCAGCUUGUCCUUCUCAAGUUAGCAUCUUCAGGACCUGCUGCUGCCAUGAUGGACACGGACACAUCCUUACGAAAACAGAGAAGAAGAGCGAGAAUUCGGAGCGGAGCCUUUCUGUGUCUUAAGGUGUUCUGGUUCACAUGCAAGGCUGGUGGGAAUGAGGUGCAGUUUGAUCCAGGAGCCAUGCCACAGCUGCAGGGGCUGCGGCUCCACUUCAACACUCUAGAGACGCUGUCCCUUUAUGGAGAUUUUGAUUUUGGCAUUGAGCAUCUCUCUAGUCUCAACAGAAUCCAUGUGACCUUCACAUGUGAGGAUACUGCCGCUCCAGAGGUGGUGCAUGCAGAGGCUGCCAUCAAACAGCAAGUAUCUCAGAUCUCCUCCGCCAACACACCAACAAUAGAGUUCAGCAGAGAGAAACCCAGGAUGCUCGAGGAGAAAAAGAAGACGGUGGCCAUGAUCACCCAGAAAAGUAGCUUCAGUAGAUGGUUGAGGGGAAAAAGGAGAGGAUAGGCCCGCUUACAGAGAAGGAACACGAUCACUCUGCACGAAAUGAUGAUUGUAUUUCUGGUUAAGCAAGUGGCGAAAUAUCAACCGUUGAGGUGACGACUCCCAACUUUGCUUUGCCUGUUUUGUUUGUGAGCUUUACAAUUUGUAGGUGUCUUUUCCCAUUGUAUGCAAAGUUAUUUCCAGCUGACAUGAUGGUGCAUGAUUGAUGGACCAACUCAUGGUAAUACUAUAGUAUAACUCUAUGCAAGCGUAAACUUUUUAACAAAUGGUAUUAUGGUAUGUA